CUGGUGCUCACCUGCAUGGCGGAGGGCAGCUGGCCGCUGGAGUUCAAGUGGAUUCACAACGAGACGGAGCUGACGCGCUUCUCCCUGGAGUACAGGUACUUGAUCCCCUCCCUGGACCGGUCCCACGCCGGUUUUUACCGCUGCAUAGUGAGGAACCGCGUCGGUGCCCUCUUGCAGAGGAAGACGGAAGUGCAGGUGGCCUUCAUGGGCAGCUUCGAGGAAGGGGAGCGCGCACAGUCAGUCUCCCAAGGGGAGGGGGCCGUAAUUCCCGCCCCACGGAUCCGCAGCUUCCCCCAACCGCAGGUCACAUGGUUUCGGGAUGGACGCAAAAUCCCACCCAGCAGUCGCAUUGCCAUCACCCUGGACAACACCCUGGUGAUCCUGUCCACCGUGGCACCGGAUGCCGGGCGUUACUACGUUCAGGCCGUCAACGACAAGAACGGCGAGAACAAGACCAGCCAGCCCAUCACGCUCUCUGUGGACAAUGUGGGGGGCCCCGCUGACCCAAUCGCUCCCACCAUUAUCAUCCCACCCAGGAACACGAGUGUGGUCUCUGGCACGUCAGAGGUGACCAUGGAGUGUGUUGCCAAUGCCAGGCCACUCAUCAAACUGAGCAUCACGUGGCGCAAGGACGGUGCAGUGGUCAAUUCCGGCCUGAGCGACUUCAACCGCAGGCUGACCGUCAUCGGUCCCAUGGUCAUCGACUCUGGGUACUAUGAGUGCGAGGCGGUCCUCCGCAGCAGCAGCGUUCCCUCCGUCAGCGCCGGGGCCUACCUGCACGUGCUCGAGCCGCCGCAGUUCAUGAAGGAGCCCGAGAGACACAUCACUGCCGAGAUGGAGAAGGUGGUGGACAUCCCGUGCCAGGCUCGAGGCGUGCCGCAGCCCGACAUGGUAUGGUACAAGGACGCGGUGCCCAUCAGCCCUGUGAAGACGCCGCGGUACCGCGUUCUGGUGGGGGGCAGCCUGCAGAUCAAUGGUCUCCUUCCGGACGACACGGGCAUGUUCCAGUGCUUCGCCCGCAACCCGGCCGGCGAGGUGCAAACCAACACCUACCUGGCCGUCACCAGCAUUGCCCCCAACAUCACAGCAGGCCCGACAGACAGCACCGUGAUCGACGGCAUGUCCGUCAUCCUGCACUGCGAGACCUCCGGCGCCCCUCGACCAGCCAUCACCUGGCAAAAAGGCGAGCGGGUCCUGGCCAGCGGCUCAGUUCAGCUGCCUCGCUUCACGUUGCUGGAGUCCGGAAGCCUGCUCAUUAGCCCCGCCCACAUCUCGGACGCAGGCGCCUACACCUGCAUGGCCAGCAACUCACGCGGAAUAGACGAAGCAGCCGCCGACCUGGUGGUCUGGGCUCGAACCCGCAUCACCAGCCCACCACAGGACCAGAGCGUCAUUAAAGGGACCAAAGCAACCAUGAGCUGCGGGGUGACCCACGACACCAGCGUGAGCGUCAGGUACGUGUGGGAGAAGGACGGCUCCGUCAUCAACGCUCAGCCCACGCCCCGGGUGCGACUGGACCCGGACGGCACGCUGCACAUCUACCAGACGUGGUCGGGGGACAUCGGGACCUACACCUGCCGCGUCACAUCCGUGGGGGGCAAUGACUCGCGCAGCGCCCACCUGCGCGUCAGGCAGCUUCCCCAUGCUCCGGAGAACCCGGCAGCCGUGCUAAGCUCCAGCGAGAAGAGGGCCAUCAACCUGACGUGGGCGAAGCCUUUCGAUGGGAACAGCCCCCUUCUCCGCUACAUCUUGGAGGUGUCAGAGAACAACGCUCCAUGGACCGUCCUCCUGGCCAACAUUGAACCCGAGUCCACAGCCGUGACCGUCAGCGGGCUCAUCCCCGCACGCUCCUACCAGUUCCGCCUCUGCGCGGUCAACGACGUGGGCAAGGGGCAGUUCAGCAAGGAGACGGACAGACUGUCUCUGCCUGAGGAGCCCCCCAGCGCCCCACCCCAGAACGUCAUUGCCAGCGGUCGCACCAACCAGUCCAUAAUGAUCCAGUGGCAGCCCCCUCCAGAGAGCCAUCAGAACGGCAUCCUUAGGGGCUACAUCAUCCGAUACUGUCUGGCCGGACUACCUGUGGGCUACCAGUUCAAGAACAUCACCAACCCAGAUGUGACCAACCUGCUGCUGGAAGAUCUCAUCAUCUGGACCAACUACGAGAUCGAGGUGGCAGCUUACAACGGUGCGGGGCUGGGCACCUUCAGCCACAAGGUGACCGAGUGGACACUGCAGGGAGUGCCCACCAUCGCCCCGCCGAACGUACAGGCCGAAGCCGUCAACUCCACCGCCAUCCGCUUCACCUGGACCGCCCCCAGCCCCCAGUUUAUCAACGGCAUCAAUCAGGGCUACAAGCUGUUGGCAUGGGAACCAGGUCAGGAGGAGGAGGUUACCGUGAUGACCGUGCGCCCCAACUUCCAGGACAGCGUCCACGUGGGGUACAUCACUGGCCUCAAGAAGUUCACUGAGUACUUCACGUCCGUGUUGUGCUUCACCACUCCGGGGGACGGCCCCCGUAGCCCGCCGCGGCUCCUCCGCACGCAUGAGGACACACCUGGUGCCGUCGGACACCUGAGCUUCACAGACAUCCUGGACACGUCUCUGAAAGUGAGCUGGCGGGAGCCUCAAGAGAAGAACGGCAUCCUAACUGGUUACCGCAUCUCCUGGGAGGAGUACAACCGCACCAACACACGUGUCACACACUACCUGCCCAACGUCACGCUGGAGUAUCGGGUCACGGGCCUCACCGCACUCACCACCUACACCAUCGAGGUAGCUGGAAUGACCUCCAAGGGCCAGGGCCAGCUGUCCUCUUCCACCAUCUCCUCUGGAGUGCCCCCAGAGCUGCCCGGCCCCCCCACCAACAUGGCCAUCUCCAACAUCGGCCCCCGCUCCGUGACGCUGCAGUUCAAGCCGGGAUACGAUGGGAAGACGUCCAUCUCCCGCUGGGUGAUCGAGGCCCAGAUUGGUGCGAUUGGAGAGAACGAGGACUGGACCAUGGUCCACCAGGUGCCCAAUGAGCCUGAUGCCCGGAGCCUGGAAGUACCUGGGCUCAAUCCCUACACCUUCUACAGGUUUCGAAUGCGGCAGGUCAACAUCGUGGGUACCAGUCCCCCCAGCCAGCCAUCCCGAAAGAUACAGACGCUGCAGGCUCCGCCCGACAUCGCCCCUGCCAACGUCACCCUGCGUACGGCCAGCGAGACGAGCCUGUGGCUCCGAUGGGUGCCCCUGCCGGAGUGGGAGUACAACGGGAACCCAGAGCUCGUUGGAUACCGGGUCCAGUACGCUCGGACCGGCUCGCAAGGCCGACCCCUAACUCACGUCAUCUCUGACCGGCUGGAGCGCGAGUUCACCAUCGAGGACCUGGAGGAGUGGACUGAGUACGAAGUCCGGGUACAGGCGCUCAACGGCAUCGGGGCUGGACCCUGGAGCCAGCCGGUGCGAGGCAGAACGAGGGAGUCCGUCCCUUCCUGCGGCCCGACCAACGUGUCGGCCUUCGCCACCACUUCCAGCAGCAUCCUGGUGCGCUGGCUGGAAGUCCCUGACGCCGAUCGCAACGGCCUCAUCCUGGGGUACAAGGUGGCGUAUAAGGAGAAGGACUCGGACUCGUCGCUCCACUUCUGGACGGUGGAGGGCAACACCAGCCAGAGCGUCCAACUCACGGGCCUCGGAAAGUACGUCCUGUACGAGAUCCAGGUGCUGGCGUUCACCCGCAUCGGCGACGGCGUGCCCAGCACUCCGCCCAUCCUGGAGAGGACCCUGGAUGACGUGCCUGGACCCCCGGUGGGCAUCCUGUUCCCCGAGGUGCGGACCACCUCGGUGCGCCUCAUCUGGCAGAGCCCCGCCCAGCCCAACGGGAUCAUCCUCGCCUAUCAGAUCACAUACCGGCUGAACUCCACCAACAGCAACACGGCCACCGUGGACGUGCUGAACCCCAGCGCGCGCCAAUACACCGUGACGGGUCUGAGGCCCGAGUCCGUCUAUGUGUUUCGCAUCACAGCGCAGACGCGCAAAGGCUGGGGGGAAGCGGCCGAGGCUCUGGUGGUCACCACAGAGAAGAGAGCCCGCCCGCAACCCACGAGCCGUCCCGCGGUGCAGCAGGAGGACGUGCAGGCCCGCAGCGUGCUGUUGUCAUGGGAACCAGGCAGCGACGGCCUCUCGCCCGUGCGCUACUACACGGUCCAGGUCAGGGAGCUGCCGGACAGCAACUGGACGGUCCACUCCGCCUCUGUGAGCCAUGAUGCCACCUCCUACGUCGUGGACAGACUGAAGCCUUUCACCUCCUAUCAGUUCCGAGUGAAGGCCACCAAUGACAUAGGGGACAGCGAGUACAGCGAGGAGAGCGAAGCCAUCACCACGCUGCAGGACGCUCCUGACGAGGCUCCCACAAUCCUCUCGGUGACGCCACACACCACCACCUCGGUACUGAUCCGCUGGCAGCCGCCCCCAGAGGAGCGCAUCAAUGGGAUCCUACUAGGCUUCCGCGUCCGGUACCGGGAGCUGCUGUACGACCGCCUCCGCAGCUUCACUGUCCGCACGGUCAACAGUCCCUCGGCCACCUGGACCGAACUCACCUCCCCCUACAGCGUACGGAACUUGACCGAAUCCUCGCUCACUCAGUACGAACUAGACAACCUAAGCAAGCACAAGCGCUACGAGAUCCGCCUGAGCGUAUACAACGCGGUGGGGGAGGGACCCACCAGCACGCCCCAGGAGGUGUUCGUGGGAGAGGCGGUUCCUACUGCUCCGCCCCAAAACGUUGCCAUCCAAUCAGCAACUGCUACACAGCUGGAUGUGACAUGGGAUCCCCCUCCGCUGGAAACGCAAAAUGGGGACAUCCAGGGCUACAAAAUCUACUAUUGGGAGUUCCAGCGGCGGAAUGAGACAGAGCGGCUCCGUACACUCUUCCUGCCGGAGGGUGGAGUUAAGCUGAAGAACUUGACAGGCUACACCACCUACAUGAUCAGCGUGGCCGCGUUCAAUGCUGCCGGAGAUGGGCCCCGCAGCCCACCUACAAGGGGGCGGACUCAGCAAGCGGCCCCUAGUGCUCCCAGUUUCAUCCACUUCAGUGAGCUCACCACCACCUCGGUCAACGUAUCGUGGGGGGAGCCCCAGUACCCCAACGGCAUCAUCGAGGGCUACCGCUUGGUCUACGAGCCCUGCACACCCGUGGACGGCGUCAGUAAGAUAGUGACAGUAGAUGUGAAAGGAGGCGCCCCCUUCUGGAUGAAAAUCAAAGACCUGGCUGAUGGGGUCACCUACAAUUUCCGCAUCAGAGCCAAGACAUUCACCUAUGGUCCUGAGGUAGAAGCCAACAUCACGACUGGUCCCGGAGAAGGAGCCCCUGGCCCCCCUGGAGAACCCUUCAUCACCCGCUACGGCACGGCCCUCACCAUUCACUGGGCCAGCGGCGACCCCGGGCGAGCACCCAUCACACGCUACGUGAUCGAGGCGAGACCCUCUGACGAGGGCCUCUGGGACAUCCUCAUCAAGGAUAUCCCCAAGGAGGUGACCUCGUACACCUUCAACAUGGAAAUCUUGAAGCAAGGUGUCAGCUACGACUUCAGGGUCAUCGGUGUGAAUGACUAUGGCUAUGGUUCGCCCAGUCCGCCUUCGCCAUCCAUAUCUGCCCAAAAGGUGGCGCCUUUCUACGAGGAGUGGUGGUUCCUGGUGGUGGUGGCCCUGGUGGGGCUCAUCUUCAUCCUCCUUCUGGUAUUCAUCCUCAUCAUCCGAGGACAGAGCAAGAAGUACGCCAAGAAGUCGGAUUCAGGGAAUAAUUCCAACUGCAACGCCCUCACCCAUGGGGAGAUGGUCAGCUUGGACGAGGGGCGCUUCCCUGCCCUGGAGCUGAACAACCGCCGUCUCUCCGUUAAGAACUCCUUCUGCCGCAAGAAUGGCGUGUACACCAGGUCACCUCCGCGUCCCAGCCCCGGAAGCCUCCACUACUCAGAUGAAGACGUCAGCACCAAGUACAACGACCUGAUCCCGGCUGAGAGCAGCAGCCUGACCGAAAAGCCCUCGGAGAUCUCCGACUCGCAGGGCAGCGACAGCGAGUACGAGGUGGAUCAGAACCGCCAGAAGACCCAUUCUUUCGUGAACCACUACAUCAGUGACCCAACCUACUACAACUCGUGGCGCCGUCAGCAGAAGGGCAUCUCCCGAGCGCAGGCCUACAGCUACACGGAGUCCGACUCGGGCGAGCCGGAACACGCCAACGCGCCUCCCCCUCUGCCCCCACUGCCCCCGCAGCUCAACCCCGGCUCCCAGAGCCAGGGCCAGGGCAGCCUGUUCAGGCCCAAGGGCAGCCGGACUCCCACCCCCUCGCAGCAGACCUCCAACCCCCCUAGUCAACACAGCACCCUCUACAGGCCGCCCAGCAGCCUGGCGCCCGGAUCGCGGGCUCCCAUCGCAGGCUUUUCCUCCUUCGUUUGACAUGGGUGGAAAAGCAGCGGAAAAACUCGAACCCCAGCGAGCAUCUAGAUGCAAAAUAUCGACGAAUCCCGAUUCACAAGUUCUGUGUCGAUGGCUUUCUUUGUCUUUUUUUGCAGGUUUUUAUUAUUUCAGGCGAGAGUAAGAAGUGCAGCGGAAACGUUCCGAUUCUUUAGCGCCGUUCUUCUGCGUGAGCGCGUGCUUGUGUGAACACGUGUUUUCUGACAAACA